AUGGCCCUCUCGACCCCGGAACUACUCGAUACCCGCCGCCAACAUAGGGAUAAUACCCCAAAGGCUUUGGCAACACAGAAGGGCGGUAUUGUGACGGACCGAACAAAUUUCUACAACAGCCGGCAGUAUGUGCAGCGAGCGAGUGGCAGCGGCAUGAUGCCCAAUUCGACACCUUCUACCAACAUGUACCGUCCCACAAGGCCACCAAGUCUGGAUGUCCAACUUUCACGCCAACAAAAGAGGUUAUCGCUGCUGGGAAGGCCAUCGCCUGCGUAUAGUGAGGCAACCAGUGCCAGAAGCAGUCUGGUGAGCCCAACUCAGCGAAAUCCUCCGGCGCGGAACUCAUCGUCCAAUCGACUCCUUCCCGGACUCGGUCUCCCGGACCAUCCCCGGCAACGGUUUACUUACCACCCCUCCGGCGGCCUACGGACUUCGACCAUAUCCGAGGACGCUCCCAGCGAGGGAGAACUGGCCUCUGAAAUCUCCGCCGCCAUACUGAAGGAAACUGAGGAGAACGCCGCGGCGGAACAACCAUCCACAACGCUCAAGAUCUGGGGCGCGGUGGCCAGAUGUCUGGAGGAAAUCACCGUCUCACUUGGACCGCCAAAUCCAAGUGCGCAGGCGGUAUCUGCACCACCAAGCAUAGCAUGCGCUCCACAACUAAGAGCCACACCAUCCAUAAGGAGAAUGUCGAACUCGGUACAAUCGGUGGGACCGCGAAGGACGUCUUACGAUGUUGGAGCCAGGAACGAUCUUCCGUCCCGGCAUCGGAGGGUGAUGAGUAGCAGUUCCAUCCGAAGCGGCCGACAGGAUCGCGAUCUGGAAGCGACAUAUGCGAUGGGUGAGCAGGGGGUGGAGGAAUACUCCUGCCCAUUCCGGGUGCGCAACCCGGUUCGCUUCAACAUCCGCGACCACGAAGUUUGCGCCAUGACUUCUUUCGAAUCUCUGGCCGACUUACGACACCAUGUGAUGUCUUAUCAUCGAAGGCGCGCAAUGCCUCAUCAGUGCCAGCGAUGUAAGGUCGGUUUCCCCACACAAAGAUUCUUGGACGACCAUUUGAUGCUCCCCAAGGAUGAAAUGUGCGACACAGUGCCGGCGGGGACACCCCGCAAUCCCGAGGAUGGGAUAUCUGAGGAUGUGGAUAAGACUUUGGCCUCUGGCAAUGGCAUCCGAACCUGGGAUGACUUAUGGCGUCUGAUCUUUCCCAUGGAUGAUCAGAUCCCUAGUUCCGACUUCCAUCCCGUAAUCGAACUAGCCGAAGUCGAGCAGCAAUUCGACGAGGGCCAAGAAGCGCUGAAAACGCACUUGCAAGAGACACUUCGACUCUUAAUUCCGGAGGCCAUGGACGACGCCUACCGUAACUUCUUGACCGGCCAACUGGAACUGGUCUUUGAGGCGCACAAAGCCAAUACCAUUAGGAAAUGUCUCCACCGCAUUCACGGCAGCACCAACAACGACACCACCGGUGGAGAAAACACCUCGCCAGAGGACAAGAGGCGUCGGUCCUCAAGCGGCGCCGGUAACGUAAACCUAGCGCGCCGCUCAACGCGCAGAAACCGGCAAAGCGCCAUCCUUCAGGGUUCUCGCGCCCAAGAAAGGCAUUCAUCAACAUCAGAUGGCCUGUUCUCCCCCUCCUUAAUCCCGCCGUGGCAAUCAAGGCGGGGAAGCAACACGCCCAGUAACAUCAGCAACAACAAUACUAACAAACCGACAUCACGGCGAAUGUCAGACAACACCCGCAGCCGACCAAAUCUUACCGGCAACCCCCCAACCAGCCCCAGACGUCUCUCCCCCCACCCAACACCCACCCUCUCCGUCUCCGCCACCGUAACGACCAACGAGUCUGACGACGGAGCUCUCAAAUCACCCACCACACCCGCUUCCGCUUCCGGUUCAGCGCCUUUCCUCGGUGUCGUGUCCUCGGACAACGGCAUCGAACCCUCAACUAUCACCCACUGCACCUGCGCCUCCUCCUCCACCUGCCGAUGCAACGAACUCCUGGCCUUCGGCAUCCACCAUAACAACCAUUACCACGGGCAUCCUCCCGCCCGCCCCAAAACAGCACCAAUCCCCUACCGGGAGCGUAUGGAAGAACUGUCUGUCCCCAAGCAUCGGUUGCGCCACCAGCCUGCUCUGCAAGUCAGGACGACGGGCAUCGAUCUAAACGGAGGAUUGGAGGGGCGAAGGGCUUGGACGGGUGAUGUCCGGAUGUAUGAGGAUGAUGACAGUGACGAUGAUGAUGAGGAUUUAAACAACGUGUUCUUGAGGCCGAAGACGGGCGGGAGUUUGGAUUCGGCUUUUCGAGGAGCCAUGUCAGCGAGGGAGGUGAGGGAUGUGAGGGAGUCGUACUCGCCGCAGAGCUUUAAGGAGAGGUUGUUGAGUAGGGGGGGUAGUUCUAGGGGGUUGAAGGGGGUGUUGGUGGAAGGUGGUUCGGGGGAGGAGGAGGCUCAGACGCAGGGACUAACUGGGAAUGAUGGAAAUGGGGGGAGUGGUAACGGUUCUGAGGAGACGUCGAGCCAGAGGGGGAGUUGGAUGGGUUGA